AUGCCUCCGCUCUGGUGCGGCCACCCGGACUACGACACGGCGCGCGACUUCCAGGGCUACGGCGAGACGGGGUUGAAUCCGAAAUGGCCGAAUGAUGCGAAGAUUGCAGUCUCCUUUGUGAUCAACUAUGAAGAAGGCGGCGAGCGCUCCGUCAUGAACGGCGACGGCAUGGCAGAGCAGAACCUGCGCGAGAACCCGGGCGGGCCACCGCGCAUCAACGAGCGCAACCUGAACGUCGAGUCUGAAUACGAGUACGGGAGCCGAGCGGGGUUCUGGCGGCUGUUCCGCAUGUUCAACGAGCACGGGAUGAAGUUCACGCUGUAUGCGGUUGCGCAGGCGGUGGAGCAGAACCCGAGCGUGGUGAAGCGGUGUGUCGAGGAGGGACACGAUGUGGCGAGCCAUGCGUACCGGUGGGUGGAAUACCACGAUUUUCCGAUCGAGAAGGAGAAGGAGUACAUCCGCAAGGCGAUCGCCUCGUUAAAGAGCCUCAGCGGAUAUGCGCCAAAGGGAUGGUACUACGGCCGCAAUAGCCCGCACUCCCGGACGCUGGUUCCUCAGGUGUAUGAAGAAAUGGGCGAAGAACUCGUCUGGGCCAGCGAUACGUAUGCCGAUGACGUGCCUUACUGGGUCGACCUGCCGCUCGAGCGCGAUUCUCCCAACCCCAAAGGGCUCCUCAUGGUGCCCUACAGCUACGACUGCAACGACUUUAAGUUCCAUGUCGUAGGGAGCGGCUUCGCGGACCCACACGGCUUCUACGAGCACAUCAAGAACGCGUUCGACGUGUUAUAUGAGGAAGGCGAGAAGGGCAUGCCGAAGAUGAUGACCAUAGGAUUGCAUUGUCGGAUCAUUGGAAGGCCGGGAAGAUUUGGCGCGCUGAAGAAGUUCGUCGAGUAUAUUGCGCAGAAGGAGGGCGUUUGGGUGGCGACCAGGACGGAGAUUGCGGAGGCGUUUAGGAAGGCGUAUCCGUAUAAGAAGGGGAAGUUGGCGGAAGCGAGGGAUGCUGGAAAGACGGUGAAUGGGAUAUAG